AUGCCGUCCGACGCCAAAAAGAGGGCCCAACAGAAGAAAAAGGAAGCAGCUAGUAACAGAAACAAAAAACCUAUUGCAAAGGUGACUAACAUUGAGGAAAAUGGCACGGCGACGAACGGAACCGAAAAGGAAGAGCGCGAGCUUACUGCCGAAGAGGCAUUAUGUCUCAAGCUGGAGGCAGAAGCGAAGAUGAACUCAGAAGCACGGUCGUGCACGGGUACCCUCGCCGUGGACCCUCGCUCAAGGGACAUUAAAAUCGCCAACUUCUCAAUCACCUUCUAUGGUAGUGAGCUGCUACAGGACACAUUGCUUGAGCUCAACUGUGGCCGGAGAUAUGGGCUUGUCGGAUUGAAUGGUUGUGGAAAGUCGUCACUGCUGUCGGUCUUGGGGCGACGUGAAGUACCGAUCCCGGAGCACAUCGACAUCUUCCACCUGACGCGCGAGAUGCCCGCCUCCGAUAAGACGGCGCUGCAGUGCGUUAUGGAGGUGGACGAGGAACGCGUGCAGCUGGAGCGACUUGCCGAGUCGCUUGCGCAUUGCGAAGAUGACGAGUCGCAGGAGCAGCUGCUGGAUGUGUACGACAGGCUAGACGAGCUGAGCGCGGACACGGCGGAGGCUCGUGCUGCUAAUAUCCUGCACGGGCUGGGAUUUACAAAGUCAAUGCAGCAGAAGGCCACCAAGGACUUCUCUGGAGGGUGGCGCAUGCGCAUAGCAUUAGCGCGCGCACUCUACGUGAAGCCGCACCUGCUGUUGCUUGACGAGCCCACCAACCACCUCGACCUUGACGCCUGCGUUUGGCUCGAGGAGGAACUUAAACACUACAAACGCAUCCUGGUGCUGAUUUCGCAUUCGCAAGACUUCUUGAACGGCGUGUGUACCAACAUCGUACACAUGUCCAAGCGCCGGCUCAAGUACUACACGGGCAACUAUGAGGCGUUCGUGCGCACACGCAUGGAACUGCUCGAGAACCAGAUGAAGCAAUACAACUGGGAACAGGACCAGAUCGCGCAUAUGAAGAACUAUAUAGCGCGGUUUGGUCACGGUUCAGCCAAGCUCGCGCGGCAGGCGCAGUCCAAAGAGAAGACGCUGGCCAAGAUGGUGGCCCAGGGCCUUACCGAGAAGGUGAUCGACGAUAAGACGCUCAACUUCUACUUCCCUUCGUGCGGGAAGGUGCCGCCACCGGUCAUAAUGGUUCAGGACGUGUCAUUCCGAUACACGGACAACGGGCCAUGGAUCUACAAGAAUCUCGAGUUCGGUAUCGACUUGGACACGCGGCUGGCGCUCGUCGGGCCCAACGGCGCAGGCAAGUCCACGCUGCUCAAACUGCUCUAUGGCGAUUUGGUACCUACAACGGGCAUGAUCCGCAAGAACUCACACCUGCGCAUCGGACGCUAUCAUCAACACCUCCACGAGUUACUUGACUUGGACCUCUCCCCGCUCGACUACAUGAUGAAGGAGUUCCCCGAGGUGCGCGAGAGAGAAGAGAUGCGCAAGAUCAUCGGUCGGUAUGGGCUCACCGGACGACAGCAGGUGUGCCCGAUGCGGCAGCUGUCAGACGGGCAGCGGUGCCGGGUGGUGUUCGCGUGGCUCGCCUGGCAGACGCCCCACCUGCUGCUCCUCGACGAACCUACAAACCAUUUGGACAUGGAAACCAUCGAUGCUCUAGCCGACGCUAUCAAUGACUUCGACGGCGGCAUGGUGCUCGUCAGCCACGACUUCAGGCUUAUCAAUCAGGUUGCGGAGGAAAUCUGGAUAUGCGAGAACGAGACAGUCACAAAAUGGGACGGUGGUAUCCUCAAAUACAAAGACCAUCUCAAGUCAAGAAUUCUCAAGGAGAACGCCGACAACGCGGCCAAGAUACGCAAAUAGUGAAAUGCUUAGCCUAUAUAUACAUUAUAUUAUCUUUAGGGCCCCUGCACACAUACCGAAAAAGUAGGUGGCUCAAUAGAUGCGUUCAACUACAAGUACGAGAGAGGGAAUCGACUGAUGCUCGUACAUGUGGGGCCCCUUAUAAAAAUUGCAUACCACUGUGGGGAAAGAAACCUAUACACACGGCUUAACUUCAACUACGAGUUUGAAAAACAGACUCGACUGCAUAUAUCCAACUAAUUGUUGUCACACAGACGUUCAAGCCAAUCUUUAAGAACUGACGUAAGUCGAACAGUGUGUAGAUCCCAUUUGAUGUGAUAACAAGAUCAACAGCGUCCUCAAAAAAUAGUUGCAUUACAAUGUUUUAUAGUUUAUAUAUUAUAAUAAUAUACAAUUUAGUUGUAAUCAUCUGUAUGAGUUUUCAAUUUAUAGAAUGUUUGCCAUUGUUAUUUCUGUCGACAACUUCCCGAUUUUGUAAGCUAUGAAAGAUACAACAUUUAUACCCUACUCUCUUCUGUUCUGUGUAAUAUGACAGGUCUCUAGUUGAAAAUGCCGAUUACCACAACAGUGAGGUACAAUCCUGGUAUGACUGACAUAGUGAGAUUAUUUCUAAGUGAUGCCGCGUAGGCUUUUCUGCGUCUUUAAUAUGUUGUUGCUAUCUGCACAUUUCCUAUACCUAAUAAAUAGUAGAAUAUGUUCCGCCAUCAUGUACUUAAGAGCUAGUAUAGUGAUUCGCUUCACGUUUGUUGAGGUCUUGUUACCGAAUUGUUGAAUGUUAUGUUUUUUGUUCAAUAGGAACGGUGGACCAUAGCUAGCUGUAUACAAAAUUUGAAAAUUACUAAUUGAAAAUGGAAACUUACGAUGCUCACAUUGAGUUUAAUAUCGAUAAGUGACAGUUUAUGUAUGUAAGAUGGCCGCUGUGCGUACAGCUAAAAUUAGUUUUAAAAGUUGCUCUGAAAGGUGAAUUACCAGGAGUUCAUGUGAACAAUAUUCGUGUAGGUUUACAUAUAUGUGUUAGUAUGCGGCUAGUGUGAUAGAGGCUUUCAAUGUCAUCUGUUGGAUAAUGGGGAAAAAUGGUUUAGUUUCUGUUUUCAUCUACAACUCAUCGAUCCUAUACAAAAAUGUCACGGAAUAUUUUGAUUUGCCAUCUGUUGGCACAAUAGUGAACUACGUUAUAGACACCUGCGGCUGAGCUGUCAAAAGAUAAUUUUAACUCGGAAUCGGCUUAAGCCGGUCAGAUAAAGUUUGACGUCCUUACAAUAAGAGUGAAAAAGAUGUUGCGAGCGUCUCUUCCACUCGAAUUGCCGACGCGAAACGCAUGUCUCUCGCUCUUAUUACAUGAAUAUAAACUUUUUCUAGCCGGGUAACGGGCGCAGUGGCAGUGCCUCUCAGACCUUUCUAUUUUCGAUUUAUAGCUCUGGUGUCACUACAACUGUUACGAAGUGGCGUGUCGUGUUACCAUUAGGUGCAUGACUUGUUGUCCGUCACUAAUAAUCAUAAAUCUUAAAAGACAAGCUGUAUGUAAUACCUAACCACUCAAAACAUCACAUAAAUUUUCGAUAAUUCAUCUUUUCUAAAGUACGUUUGCACUUCACCCUCCCAAUACACUUUUUAAGGUGCUCCACAGUACUGGUCUAUAAGUAUUCGCUUCAUUUUGCCGUCUGAAAAUUUAAACACCGACACGCUUGCAUUUAAAGUACUAGUAUGUAUGUAAAUCGACCGCUGACUCCCAAAAUAAUAAAUUAAGUAGCUUAAUCGUUAGCUUAAUUUUAGCGUAGAGUUAACAAACAGCAAUUAAAAUAAUCAUAGAUAUCAUGAAAAUAUUUACAAUAUGAUAUCAUAUAGACACCGCUAUGCCUUUGAUUACAAAUAUAGAUACGUAUAUUUAUUGUGACUUCGCGAAGUUUGAUAUUGAUACUAGCAUUUAGAGGUCGAAAAGUAACGUCAGAUUUAGAGCGCUCCUGUAAUGCGUAUUUCGCUCCGCACGCGUAUCUACUCCGCAUGUGUCAAUCACAUCUAAGAGUUGAAAAUAUGUUUUAUUGUUACGAUUAGUAAUUGGAAGCGGGAAGCAUUCGACAUGCAUGCACCAUAAUAAAUUCAUUAGAAAAACGCUUGUGGAGUAAAACCUAUGUGACACAAAAAUUAGCCCUAGUUAGAAUCCAUUGUCCUAUAUAAUAUGUAGUAAGUAUGAAGUCCAGAACACAUAUUAUUUAUUUACUCACGAGGCUGAGGCGGUUAAUGGAAUAAAGAGGACAGAAAACAGACAGAAAAAUAAGAAAUGUUGUAUAUAGCAUCAAAAAUACAUCAAAAAAGGAAAGAAGUUUUCUACCUAUAAGACUACGAAUAAUAGACCUAGACAUAACAGGUUGAGGCAAACAAUUUUAAAAUUUUGGUAGACUAAUAACGAAUUCAAAUAUUCUCGAUGACGAACAACGACAGUCAGAAGAACAAGACAAACAUAAUAGAAGCAAAGUGCAACUGGCAGAAUUAUUGCUAAGCAGAAAUUUCUUCUAGGCGACCUUUCAAUGAAGUUAAAAUAUAUGAUAAAAAGCAUUAACUUGUAUUAGUAAUAGAUGAAUAGUCCAGAUUAUACACACACCAACAUAUUUAGCGGUACAAAAACAGUGAGAAUAUAAAGUACUAAAAAGUAACAAUUUUAACAUAGCCUUCAUCGACUUUUGUUGGAGAAAUGGAAAUUAAAACAAACUGCAUAUUUUUACAUUUUAAAUUAGAUUUAGGAGGUUAAAUGGUCGAAAUUUUAGAAAUUGAAACCGCUUAACAUUGUUUUAUGUUAAAAAAAUCUUAACUAAAGUUAACGAAAUUUAAAAGAA